CCCUGCCCCAUCCAAUCGGAGCCGCGGUGGGGGGGGGGGGGAUAUCCUGCUAUCGGACACCCCUUCCCCCGGGAGCUGCCCCUUUAAAAUAACCUGGCGAGCCAGGGGCCGGCGUGUGUGAGCGGAGCGUGGGGGACACGGGGCCGGGAGCGGCUUCCGCACCGCCGGGGCUGCACAGUAAUAAACGGGCUUCCCACCCGGCGCCGCGGGAUGGUCCCAGCCGCCGCGCUGGGCUAGCGGGAGCGCAGCAGCCCCCUCAGGCAGCCAGAGAGAAGCCGCCGCCCCUGCCCCUGCUCUCAGGUGUCUCCGGUCCUCCUCGCCCCGGCCGCGGGAGCCCGCGGGGAUGACGCUGAGUGAGAAGCUGGAGACGCAGGGAGUUGGGGGCGCUCCCGACCCUUCUGCUACCCGCUUUCCCAGCCCGGCGCUGCGGGAGCAGCAGGGCGUCCAGGCGGCGGCCGGGGAGCCGCGGCAGGAGAACGGAGAGGGGUGCCCAGGCGGCCAGUCCGCCCUGCUGGUGGAGGGUCCCUGUGAGGGGCAGCAGGGGGCCGAGCCCCCCGAGGGCGGCUGGGGCUGGGUGGUGAUGCUGGCCGCCAUGUGGUGCAACGGUGCCGUGUUCGGCAUCCAGAACUCGUGCGGCGUCCUCUUCGUCUCCAUGCUGAGGGAGUUCGGCUCGCAGGACGACAAGCAGCUGGUGUUCAAGACAGCCUGGGUGAGUUCCCUGUCCAUGGGAAUGAUUUUCUUCUGCUCUCCCAUAGUCAGUGUAUUCACAGACAUAUUUGGUUGUCGAAUAAUAGCCGUUGUUGGAGCUGCAGUGGGGUUUGUUGGACUUCUUUUAAGCUCUUUUGUAAGCACCAUUGAACCUCUGUAUUUCACCUAUGGAAUCUUAUUUGCCUGUGGUUGUUCAUUUGCAUACCAGCCAUCCUUGGUCAUUCUGGGGCACUAUUUCAAGAAGCGCCUUGGACUAGUGAAUGGCAUCGUCACUGCCGGCAGCAGCUUGUUCACUGUGUCACUGCCUUUUCUUUUGAGAGUGUUGAUUGAUUCAGUUGGCCUGUACAACACUUUAAGGGUUCUGUGCAUCCUUAUGUUUGUUCUUUUCCUGGCUGGCUUCAGUUACAAACCCCUCAUUUCCAGUGCAAGUGACAAAGAGGGUGGAAAGAAGGGCAUGUUGAGAUUUCCUUCUGCAAAGAAGAUUUUCAGUUUCUCCAUUUUCAAGGUUACGGGUUAUCGAAUCUGGGCUUUUGGAAUCCCCGCUGCACUUUUUGGAUACUUUGUGCCUUAUGUUCACUUGAUGAAACAUGUAAAAGAGAGGCUUGGUGAAAAUGUACAAGAAGAGGUGCUUCUGCUGUGUCUCGGCAUCACUUCAGGAGUUGGACGAUUGAUCUUCGGCAGAGUUGCAGAUUAUAUUCCUGGUGCAAAAAAAGUUUAUUUACAGGUGAUCUCAUUCUUCUUAAUUGGCCUGAUGUCCAUGAUGAUUCCACUGUGCCAUGCCUUGGGAAGUCUCAUUGCUGUCUGCCUCUUCAUGGGUCUGUUCGAUGGCUGCUUCAUUUGUAUCAUGGCUCCUAUUGCCUUUGAGCUAGUCGGUGCACAGGAUGUCUCCCAGGCCAUAGGAUUCCUGUUAGGACUCAUGUCAGUACCUAUGAUAGUUGGUCCACCCAUUGCAGGUAUACUGCGUGACUACCUAGGUACCUAUGAUGUAGCAUUUUACCUGGCUGGAGUUCCCCCCAUUAUUGGAGGAAUUAUAUUAUCUUUCAUCCCAUGGGUUCACGAAAAGAAGAAGCCAAAAGAGAAAGAAAAAGCUGUUGAUGAAGAAACAACUAAGAAAAUGCUGGAAAAUGAAAGCACUUCAGUCUCAGGCACAUCAGAAAAGCCCAGUAAAGAAUCUGAAUCUGUUGUUUGAUGUUUUAUCUUUCCACUGGACUGAAUUCAUUUUUACAGGAGCUAGAUAAUAAUUCUGGCUUUGAGUUGAAAAUAUUAUAUUAUUUUUAAUGGAACGUGUGUUCAGAUUGCAGAACAAAACUGCUAAGAGCUAAGAAUCUUUUGUACCACUGAGUAGCUUUCUUAGGAGUCCCUGAGUCUAGUUUCAAUCCGUAUUUUUAUGGCAUUUGAGGUUUUAUAGUAUCAGUGUGCACCUGCUAGUGAUUCUGUGUUUAAGGAGAUUAUUGUUCUAAUCGAUCACAGCAUGCUUCUGGAAGUGUGAAACCUGUUUAGUUUGAUUCAUUGACCCUUCCAGGAUGGCUUCAAUAAUUUUAGUCCAUCAAGUAGAGGCAAAUUCUUGUGUUGUUUUCCUGGAAUUUCUAGUACCUCUUAUGACUGACUUUUGUUUUAAUUUCUUAUGCCAUUUUAACACUUUUUAAAACUCUUUAUUAUGAUAAUGAAUAGUGAUCUUUUUUUGAUCCUCUAAACUCUAAUGCUUGCUGAAAUUAUUUUGCUUUGGGAGCUAAAUUAUUUAACAGAUCCUCAGCUUUACUUUCUCUUAAUACUCCAACCUGCUCCAUUUGCUUAAACCUACUCUGGACCACUUCUACGUUUAUUUCUCAGUAGCCUGAACAUAGAACAUUUUAGGAUAAGUUUGUGAUAAUACAUAUAUCAAACACUCAAAAAGUGAAGGGUAUGAACUCACACAGGCAAAUAAAUUCAGAAUUAAGGCUGUUAAACCAUUAUUACAUCAUCCUUUGUCCCCCAGUGCUCCAGUGAAUCUAGUUCUUUUUCAGGUAAACUUCGGAAUAGCUCUUAGUCUUAAAACCAUACAAAGUGCAAUACUUGGGUACAAUACCAUGAGUUAGACAAAGCCAAAUUCUGAAUUUCUGUGUUUUUUUUUCAGGAUUUGACUCUUCAAAAAACAACAAAAAGACAUCUUUAAGGGAUACAUUUUAAAUGUGCAAUAAGAAGCAAUUGUUCAUACCAAUAAAUGGAAAUAGCUCUCUAUACAUAAGAGCUAUUAAAGCAACAUUAAACACAUUGGGAAGAGAUUUUGCACUAACUGCAUAUGCAGCUUUAUUAUAGGCCUUUAAAAUUUGCACAUGUGAUACAACUCCAUCUUUUCAAGAAAUAGUAGAGAAUUUUUGCAUGCAUGAUUACUUAUCCUUAACAUAUCUCUUAUUACUUGUGUACUCCUAGGUAUUAUAUAUAGUUUGUCAAACCCGUACUUCUGAAAAACCUAUUCUGAAAGUUACUUUUAAAAAAUCUAAACAAAACAGAGUGCUUUUUAGUUUAUUAUGAUUACACUUGCAACUAUAUUGCCUCUGUUUGGAUUUGCGUUGACAAUGCAAUGUAACACUGAAAUAGAUAUUCAUUACCCAGGCGCACUCAUCGCCAUCUAUUUUAGUUUUCCUGUGUUAGGUGUGACUUAGCAAACAAGCUGUUAAGUGUUAUCUGUUGAAAAUAUUACAAAAAAAUUCCAUUGAAAGUAAUUACGUAAGUAUCCUAAUUAUUAAGAGCCAGAUUUUGUAACCCUUAUUCACAAUUGCAUAGUAUUAUUGAUUCAUUUCAGUUUUUACUCAACAUGAGCAAGGCUGUCGGAAUCUGGCAUUAAAAUGGUAAAUGGUAAAUUGAUAUUUAUACCCCUUGGCAGGGGUGGCCAACUUGUGGCUCCGGAACCACAUUCAGCUCUUCAGAAGUUAAUAUGCAGCUCCUUGUAUAGACACCGACUCUGGGGUUGGAGCUAUAAGCGCCAACUUUCCAAUAUGCCGGGGCGGGGGAUGCUCGCUGCUAAACCCCGGGCUCUGCCACAGGCCCUUCCCCCAAUCCACCCCUUCCUGUCCCCUCCCCUGAGCCUGCUGUGCCCUUGCUCCUGCCUCCCUCCCCCCCAAUCUCCUGCAUGCCAUGGAACAGCUGAUCAGGAGGUGCUUGGGGAAAGAGGGGAAGGCGCUGAUCCUCGGGGCUGCCAGUGGGUGGGAGGCACUGGGAGCGGGGCAGGGGAGCUGAUGGGGGCUGCUGACGUAUUACUGUGGCUCUUUGGCAAUGUACAUUGGUAAAUUCUGGCUCAGAUUAGCCACCCCUUGGGAAAGAUUUUCAGAAAUGCCUAAGAAAUUUAAGACUCUUAAUGGGACUUGGGCUCCUAAAUCUCUCAUGUACUUCUGAAAAUCUCCUUUCAUUGUAAGUAAUGUUGCUAGUUCAAAUUCCCACGAUUCUUUAAUUACAGAAAUUACAUUAGCAAUCAAGUUAUUGUUGUUCUUGUGUUUCCUUCCAAGUAAUGUUGUUCAAUAUUGCGUAUUAUCAUUACAAUACACACUGAUAAUGCAUAGAAACCUAUGUGGAAACCACUGUAUUUAUUUCAGUUGACUUUUGAAAUGAAAAAUUAAUAUUUAUCACAGUGCUGACAAUUUCAAGAACUUGUUUGCAAAAAGCUAAGAAUAACCAUCUAGCAUAAAUUCUAUUUGAAAUGGUCAAGAAUUGAACAGAAGAUGGAGCCAGGGGAUCCUGCAGGGAUCUGUACUUGGUCCAAUGUUAUUUAAUAUCUUUAUAAAUUAUCUGGAAGAAAAUAUAAUACUAUUGCUGCAAAAGUUUUGCAGAUGACACAAAAGUGGAGUAAUGGUAAAUAAUGAUAAAGAGUGAUCCAGAUCACUCUGCAAAGUGGGCCCACUUGAAAAACGUGUUUUAAUACAAGCAAACGCAACGUCAUACAUCUAGGAACAAAGAAUGUGUGUCACAAUUACAGGAUGAGUUUACAGCCGUUUGGAAAGAAAGGACUUGAGAGUUAUGAUGAACUGAAUGUGAAAUGUGGUGACUAAGAGCUAAAAUCAUCUUGGAAUAUAUAAAUGGGAAUAUUGAGUAAAAAUAGGGAGGUGGCAUUAGUUAUGUGGAUAGCAUUAGAUUGAUCAUUGUGGGAAUACUGUAUCCAAUUCUGGUGUUCGCAUUUUAAAAAGAAAGUUAAAAAAUGGGAAAAGCUACUUAGAUAGCCAUGGAAUCAAUUUCUUUUGAAAGCUUAUCCUAUCUCUGGCAAGAUAAACAAUAGCAAUCUUCUCCCUUUCACAUGUAUUCACUGUUGCACAUGAUCUGGGCAUACAGAUUUUGAAAUUCCCAACAGAGAUUCUGGAUAUCAGACGGCCGAUGCACUCAGUACUUGAAUGUUGUAGCUUUGGCUUAUAGAAAUCGGUUUGCUCAUUAGGCACUCAGAUACUACAAUGAUAGGCAAGGUAUAAGAAUCUAAUUGUAAUAGAUUUAUGGCUUUGGUUCCAGAAUCAAACACAGGAUGUAUGCAAUGGAGCGUAGAAGAACCAUUUUCAAAAGCAAAUUUUUGUCUGAACACCCAGUAGUUGAGGAAAUUUAAUUUAGGUCCUUAUUUUUUAAUAAUGACAUAAGUAUAACACCUUUAUAAUUCCACAUAAUGUUUUUAUUAGUGUAAACUUGGCUGACAUUUUCAAUAUGCCUUUUAUUCUUAUAUAUGAAAGGUGUCAAACAUUUUUAAGAAUUUCAGAAUUGUGUAUAGUAAUCUUAGACUGGCUAUAUUUUAUACUACUGUGCGUGCUAAUAUUGAAGACACUGACAAGUGGUUGACUGUAUUUGUAAACAUUGUAUUUUGUGUAUUAUUUUGACACCAGUUAACAUUCAUAUUGCUAGCAUUAACUCCAUGCUUUCUAAAUCUGAUUCAUUAGAAACAUAAGGAUUGAAUGUUUCCUGUUGUUCAUGGUGCUAAAAUAAUUGUAAUCAAAAUCUCAAUUACUCAGAAUAAAGUAGUGUAACUGUAGUUCAUAAGUGGCCCUAUUUAGUAUCAUGGGUAUCGUUGUAGACCACCUUAUGUUUUCAUCUGAUAUACUCCUGUCUCAUAUGUUUGCAUUUGUGUAUAGAAAAAAAAAGUAUAGCUUACUUACCUAUUUACAAUAGUAUUCUGAUUAGAUAUGCUCCAUUUAACUUGGAUUUAUAUUUAAUUUUAAAUGAAUACAUGGUGCAACCUGACUCACUUUAAUCCCACUGGAUACAUUUUAAAAUCACCUGAAUGGUUUAGGAGCCUAAAUCAUUGACUUUCACUUAGGCACUUUUUUUUUUUUUUUUCCCCACUAUCAAUAUUUUCCCUCUUAUGAUUUAACAGGGUUUUACAAAACAUACCAGCUAUAUGAUGGGAAGGUUAUAUGUAAAAAAGAGACAAGUAAAAUUAGACUAGGGGAGACACUCUUGUAAACUAGCAAAUUAUGAUGGAAUAACCUUCCCUAACAUUUUUAGGAUUUCUGCACAUUUUGAUGCAUACAUUAAAGCUGCUGAUAAACUUAAACAGUACUUUGACAGUUUAUCACCCAACCAGUACUUUAAUCUUGGCUGGCUUUGGCAGUACAAAAGAGAAAAUAUUUCCUCAUGGAUAACUUUUAGUAAAUCAUAGAAAUUAAUUUAGGCCUUUCCUCAGUAUUAGGGAUAUAAAUUUUCACCUUAACAAACACUGCUCUUGAAGAUAAAAGGAAAAAUCUAUUCUGCAGUCAUGCUAGUGUUGUCACCUGGACUGAAGGAAUCUUCCUAUUUUCCCAGCCUGACAGCAACCUAAUCUCCAAGUGUAAAAUUUUCAAAAGUGCAGUGGGACAUAGGCUCCUAAAUCGCUAGGCACAUUUUUGAAUUUUUUACUGGCUUCUUUUAAAACUCCCAGGCAGUGAGACAUUAAUCAAAGCAGCACUCUCCACUUACAUGUACCAGGUGAAGUGGGAUUAUCACCAUUGAUGCACCAAGAGCUAACACUAGGUGUCAUUGGCAUUGCCAGAUCCUCUCUUUUUCCAAUUGGGGAAGACAAAUUAACUGGACCCCUUUCCCCUUACCCCCCACCUCAAUCACAGUGAUAGGGUUGGUGGAAGAUUAAAAUGAACUAAUGAGAACUACCAUCACAUGGGAUGAAAAAUGUUCCUUAACAGCAUUCAGUAGCAGUACAAGCAAGGUAAUGUGAAUAUAACAAUUCCAUGUCUUUGUCCCCAGUUAUGGUCCAUAAUCUAAACUUUUAUUUAAAAAAAUUGUUUCUACUUCUUAUGAUUACGAAGAGAACACUGUAGAUGUGAACUGAGUGUAAACCAAAGUACUAUUGUCUUCCUGACUCUGCAGAUGACCUGAAACAAUAAUUCUAAGCCAUGUGAACUGCCCCAUGUAUCUCAGUGACUGAAGCCUGUUACCAUUUCAGUGUCAGCAUUUCCUCCAUGUCACUGAAAUAUCUAGCUAAUUUUCUUAUACACAAUCCUGAACUACAUGAUGCCAAAAGCCCCAACUAUUCCAUACCCAGAUACCAAAUCUCCAUCUUCUGCCUUUCAGUUUCUAAGACGCAGCUUAUAUAUUAUGGAUACAAAAAUCUCUAGCAUACUGCAAAACGAUAGUGUAGAGACAAUGUACAUUUUAAUAUCAAAAUAAUUAGCAGGGGAUAAUCUACUGAUCAUGAUAGUCAUAAUAUUUAAUUUAUUUUAACAUCAUCUCCAUUUUUAAUUUAAAUGAAGGUACUAUAGAAUUUCUAGUCUGCAGCAGAGUCCAAACACUUUGCUGUUAAGUAGAUUUUAUUCUGUAUGCUUGGUUUUGUUUCAUUGCUUUUCAGAGGAAAGCCUCAAACCUUUUGAUACCAAAGAGCAUUUCUCUUCUCCAUUAGUAGUUCUAUUAUCCCCAGGAAGGAUCUGGGGAAGAGAGUCUUUUCUUUUUGACAGGUUUCAGAGUAGCAGCCGUGUUAGUCUGUAUUCGCAAAAAGAAAAGGAGUACUAGUGGCACCUUAGAGACUAACCGCUGUAGCUCACGAAAGCUUAUGCUCAAACAAAUUGGUUAGUCUCUAAGGUGCCACUAGUACUCCUUUUCUUUUUUCUUUUUGACACAUUGUAGAAUUUCAGAUGCUCAUGUCCCAUACCCCAAGCCUGUGGAUUGGCAGUGACUGUGAGUACCAGAAGUGUGAGCAUCAUGAACAUGAAUUGUGCUGAGGCUCUUCAGUAGUGCAUUUAUCAUGAAUUUGAAUAAUUCCGGUGUAAGUAACCAUUGGUAGAGGCUGAUGCUUUCUGGUACAAUAUAGUGCAAACUACAUUCAAAUUGUGCUGCAUUUUUCUGAAACUUUGACCAGACCUCCUCAUGUCUGUGUUUUAAAACUUGAAUUGAAAUAUCCUUUAAGCUAAAUCCCAGCCACUAAACAUUGCACAUCCACAUGCUUUGGCUUAAUGCUAUACAUUCAUCUUAUCCCUUCUGAUGCACAGAUUUAUGGUAAACUCCAGAAUAGUCCCUGUCCAAUAUUUUGACAUUAUAAACCAGUUAUAUAAAGAAAGAAUGUGGAAAUUUAUUUAACUUUGUAUUCAGCCAAAGAUCUGUAAAAUAUGAAAGAUAUCUUAUUUAAAUAGCUUAUGCAAUUUCAACUCCUAUAUAUUUAUAAAAAUUUUUAAAUCUAUUUUUCAAUAUUGCAGUGGGCAGUAAUGCUUUCAGUAGUUAUAUAUGACAUUGCUUGAUGACAAUUGCUAAACUUAAAUUUCAUUCUUAUUUCUACAAUAUAAAAAUAUUGUACUACUAGACAGUUGUAAAAUUGGAAAACCACUGAAAAUUACAGUUUCUAUGUAUAUUAUCAAUUAUGGACUACAUCAUAAAUAGUGAUGUAGUGUGCUAAAAGAAGUUUCAAAAGGGACCGAUUCAAAAGAUUGUUGUAUACCCUUUGGAACAGCAGGACAGACAUGAGUUGUCUUGACAGAGCUGUGUGGUAAAGCUUGUACAGUGUCUAACCACACUAGGUCUGGCUCAAAGCCAGCACUCAGGUCCCUCAUUUUCAUGAUAACCAAUUUCAUGCAGAACUACAUAAAACACUUAUUUUUUAAAAGUUCAAAGAAGAUAAAAUGAAAAUAAAUAAAAGUUCCCCAAAUGCAAGAAACCCAUACAACCUACUUCUUGUAUCAUUUCCCUGGUAUUUCUUUCAGUAAGUAAUUUUUAUAGUUGAAUUUAUCAUGCAAGCUGAUUAACAAGAAGGUUAAUACAUAGGGUUCUAAUAAAAUCUAAUUUGUAUUGUACAUUAUUUUUAACAACAAUUAGAUGAAUCUUUUGAAAAUCUAGCUCUCAAACUCCAUCAUUAAAUCAUUUAAUAUCUUAUGACUUUUAACCAAUUAAAGUACUUAAUGUUAAAACCGCAUAAGUAUAUUCACAUAUGCUAACUGCAUGUAUAAGACCAUGGAGGUAAGUUCAAAAUCUUUUGAUAAACUGUUAAUCUUUUCUUCCCUCCAUGCAUAUGGGCGCACCUCAUCAUUUAUGAGUGAAAUUUAUGUGUACCUGGAAGGAUGAAUGGACCCUUUAGAAAUCAAACAACCUAAAUUUGAAGAUAGUUCCAUUUUUAAAUGCAAUUGUCAGUGUUGAGAUAAAAUUUUGUCUUGUUUAAACAUCUGUAUAAUAUGAACUGUCAGGUAUACAUCUCCAGUAUAUGUAAAAAUGUAUUUUCAUAUUCCUUUAUUAUGUAUCCAAAAGGGUACAUCUGAUAUAAAACAAAUUGACAAUAUUACUGAAUAGGACAAUGGCUUUGGUUUUAUUUUCAGCGUAAAUGGUAUAACACUGAAGUCAUAGUGGCUAUCAGAGACAUGAACAUUUUGAUAUUACUUAUAUCUGAGAGCUGAAUUAUUCCUUUAUUUCUUUUCUAUCCUCAAAAAUUAGAAAGGAAAAUGUUUGUUUUGGGAGAGCACAUGUACAUUCAGAGCGUGCUGUACACCCAAACUCUGGCUCUGCUUUUCUUUCUCCAGAAUAUGAAGGUACUGGCAUAAAUAUUCAAAUGUAGAUUUCUGUGCUGAGUGAUAUCACUGCUCUUGAUCUUACUUGGUAUUUUAGAAUUUUCCUCUUUACAUUUUAGUGCAUUUUAUUAAGUUUUUAAGGCCAUGAUUCUUACGUUAUCCAUUUUGUAAUAUGUAGUGGAAUGUAGGAGAAAUAAAUCACUUCAGCAAAAUGAACUGUUUUAACCAUUUUGGGUUGACAGACUCCUACAAUGUGAAACCUCUCCUCCCUCUCCCCCCCCCUGAAAAAAUUGCAAUAAAAUUUUUAAUGCAAACUUCA